UCUCCUUCUUCACAGUACGGGCAAGGGACAAAAGGCUGUCGUAGACCGCGAAGCACUAAAAUAUCAAGUUAUCACUACAGUUCCCAUUUAUGCCGCGUAUUGUGUGUGUGUGUGUGUGUAACAGAGUCGUUAUUUUUCUGGUUCCGUCUCCUCGUCGGUGAUCGGAGAUCGGAGAUCGGUGAGAUUCUACAAUGUUUAAUUUCCUGAAAGGCGUCGUCAGCGGAUCUGGAACAGGCCUCAAAGAUCUGCCUUAUAGUAUCGGCGAACCUUAUUCCUCUGCUUGGGGCUCUUGGGUUCACUACCGUGGCACCUCCAAGGAUGAUGGGACUCCUGUGUCAAUAUUUGCUCUCUCAGGAAGUAACACAAAUGAUGGACAUCUAGCUGCUGGACGAAACGGAGUAAAGAGACUUCGUACGGUUAGGCAUCCAAAUAUUUUGUCAUUUCUUCACAGCACUGAAGCUGAAAAUUUUUGAUGGUUCUACUACUAAGGUUAUCAUCUAUAUUGUUACUGAACCUGUCAUGCCACUCUCGGAAAAGCUUAAGGAAUUAGGAUUAAAAGGUACCCAAAGGGACGAGUAUUAUGCCUGGGGUUUGCAUCGAAUAGCCAAAGCUGUGAGCUUCUUAAAUAACGAUUGCAAACUUGUUCAUGGAAAUGUUUGUCUGGCUAGUGUUGUUGUUACGCAAACUCUGGAUUGGAAGUUGCACGCCUUUGAUGUACUUUCUGAGUUUGAUGGACAAAAUGAAUCUUCUGUUGGACCAAUGCUGCAAUAUGAUUGGCUUAUUGGUGCACAAUACAAAUCCCAGGAACUGCUGAAGUCUGACUGGACGACAAUCAGAAAAUCUCCACCUUGGGCUACAGAUUCUUGGGGUUUAGGCUGUCUUAUCUAUGAACUGUUUUCUGGUACCAAGUUGAGCAAAACAGAGGAGCUGCGCAACACUGCUUCUAUUCCAAAGUCUCUACUUCCAGAUUAUCAGCGUCUCUUGAGCUCUAUGCCUGCUCGCAGGUUGAAUUCAUCAAAGCUUCUCGAAAAUAAUGGUAAUAUUUUUUCUUCGAUUUUAUUUUUUGUAUCUUAUUUAUGUUCUCAAGCUGUCCAAGCUCCGUACAUCAUAUGACUAAUACUUUUCUCCUAUUCUACUGUUAAACUGUUGUUUUCUCAUUGAAUUUAGUGAUUGCGGGUAUUAAUUUCAAUAAGUUCUAAGUCAUUACUCAUCUAGUAGCAGGUAUGAGCUCAAUGUAUGUUUGAAAAUGCAUUUAUCACCAUCUGCCUGUGGUCCAUGUUUCAAUCCAAGGACUCAAUGCUGAUUUGGUUUUACUCUCCACAUAUAGCUAACCAUUACUCAUCUAGGAUAAUUCAGACAGCUUUUUAAAGCUGAUCUAUUAAUGUGGUUUUUGCACUAUUUUACGAUUUUCUUAUUCUUCCUUAUCUUCCUACAACCCAUGAACAAGAACAGGUCAUUUUCUCUUGUUUCUUUUAUGAACCAGUUUUUGUUGUUGUGACAUAUUCGAGUAAAAGAAUGAUUGCGGGAUUCUGUAACACGCCAAUCAUGACAGUCUUAGCCUCCAAUUGAUCUCUACUCCAUCGAAGAUAAUCAUGUCAAUUUUCUGUAUUUUGCUUUUGUCAUUGUUGGUUUAGUCUAAUUUGGUAUAUUUACCCCUCACAAUGGCUUUGCCUUCUAUAACUUUAUCUUACACCUGGUUGCAUGCUAGUUUAUUAAUUUAUAUUGAUGCCCCUCUUGCUUGGUGAAUCAGGAUGAGUCAAACAGGUAGCCUCUUGGCAGAACUAAAUGAAAGCUGAAUUACAACUUAGACAUUCGUGUUUAUAUAUACUAGCUUUAGAGUAAGUGUGUUGCACGUGCUAAUAAACUAAAAAUUACAUACAAGAAGAAUAAAUUAUGUAAAAUAAAAAUGGGCAUUAAAAUUGAUGCGAUAUUCAUUUUAUUGUAUUUUAAAAACGACAACAA